GAGCCCCCUCCAGAGGCCGUACUGUCUUAUUAACAUGUUUACUUCCAUGCUGGGAUGUACAGAAGGUCCCAGCUGAGGCUACCCUCUGGAUCCCAAUGGCAAGGUCCAGGGUGGUCCUGCUUGUGCAGCCAAAAUGAAGUUCAAUCCCUUCGUGACCUCGGACCGCAGCAAGAACCGCAAAAGACACUUCAACGCACCCUCACACAUCCGGCUCAAGAUCAUGUCGUCCUCACUCUCCAAGGAGCUGAGGCAGAAAUACAACUUCUGCUCCAUGCCCAUCCGGAAGGACGACGAGGUCCAGGUUGUUCGUGGACACUACAAAGGCCAGCAAAUUGGCAUGGUAGUGCAGGUUUACAGAAAGAAAUACGUCAUCUACAUUGAGCGUGUGCCGCAUGAGAAAGCUAAUGGCACAACUGUUCAUGUGGGCAUUCGCCCUAGUAAGGUAGUUAUCACUAGAGUAAAACUGGACAAAGAUCGUAAAAAGAUUCUUGAGCGUAAAGCCAAAUCCCGACAAGUUGGAAAGGAGAAGGGCAAAUAUAAAGAAACCAUUGAGAAGAUGCAAGAAUAAAGUGGUCUGUU